ACUGUUGUCGCGUCGCAGCAUUGGGCCUCACAUCCUCUCCGAAAUGGGUCCACGCAUGGCUGGAAGGAGUUUUGUCAAAUCUCUGAUAUUGAAGACUUCCUUGCGGAUAAUGAUCUUGCCAUAAUACAGUACAGCCUGACACGAUAUGGUCAGCUUGAGGGCUUCGCGUUGCCACAUACGUUGCAGAGCACUAGAGCAAUACAACGCAUGCCUCGGCUCACUGCCUCUCUCUUCGACGACGUGACUACGAGCGAUAUAUGUUUUGUUUUUGAAGAAUGUGGCACAAAUCCACGAUCAAUAAACGCACAUUCACAAAUACUGGCAAAAGCGUCCAGUUAUUUUGCGAGACUACUCAGUGCCAAUAAUGAGGAAACGUCAGAAAACGACGCUGUUGUCAAGCAAGAGACGGGCAAUGAUCCUCCAAGCUUAUAUUUAGCGGAAGAUGAAUCUGUGGCAUCCAUAUCUCAGCAAUCGUCAAUUAUCUCCUCUGGUUACGUUGCAAUACGCCACGCUAGUCACGUCAACGUAGAUAACCCCGGCCCGCGAAAACGGACGUUCUUUAUCAUUGAUACACCAUACGAGACCUACCGUGCCGUAUUGUUCUACUUGUACACUGGGUCUAUAGAGUUCGCGGCACCAAAGGUUGCACAUGCGACGGAGAACUCUGGUUCCGAUGAAAUGGCGGAUACGGACGAUGAACAGGGCGCUUUGUAUUGGAAUUUUGCGAACUACUAUGAAGCGCGGGAAUACGACAUGUCCCGAGGUGAACCAAAGUCUGUGUACGAGCUUGCGGAUAAAAUGGGCAUUCCAGAACUGAAGGAAGCAGCAGCCUUGUGCAUCCAGAAUUCCCUUACUCCAGAGAACGUCGUCGCUGAAUUAUUCUCGGACUUCACCGGCCGUCACCCUGAAUUCCAGGAACUACAAAUCAAGCACGUCAUCGAUCACUGGGACGAGAUCGCGACCACUUCAGCGAUGCAGGAAGUACUCGAGUCACCCAACCCGCGAACUGCGCAGAUCAUGCUUCGGUUGUUCGCAGGUUUGGGGAAGAAGUGA